UAGUGAGGACUACACCCAAGCGCCUGUCCGAUUGCAGCGGCUUCUCUUCGUUGCCUAGACCAGAAGAAAGCCGGGACGUGACGGAGCCGGGGGGGUUCUGCUUGCUGGAGGCCCGUUAAACCACCGAUAAAUACAGCUUCCUCACUGCUCCUUCGUCGCUCAAGAGACGUUUGUGAUCUACCCUGACCUUUCGUGUUUUUUCAUCUUAGCACUAAUUUCACAAACAUGUCCUGGCAAAGCUACGUGGACAACCUGAUGGCUGAUGGCAGCUGCCAGGACGCGGCCAUUGUUGGGUACACGGACGCCAAAUACGUCUGGGCAUCGUUUGUCGGCGGUACCUUUGCCAACAUAACGCCCGAAGAAAUCGACGUUGUAGUAGGAAAGGACCGCGAGGGAUUCUUCACCAGUGGGCUGACCUUAGGCGUUAAAAAAUGCUCCGUAAUCAGAGACAGCCUCCAAGUUGACGGUGACUGGACAAUGGACAUCCGGACAAAGAGUCAAGGUGGAGAGCCAACAUACAACGUUUCUGUAGGCAGAGCUGGCAAAGCAUUGGUUAUUGUCAUGGGGAAGGAAGGUGUCCAUGGAGGGCAGCUCAACAAGAAAGCAUUUCAGAUGGCUGAGUACCUGAGGAAGUCCGGAUACUAAAGCAGCCUGUACCCAGCCACCUAGCAGCUCACCCUUACCACCCUGUUGCAUUUCACACUACUUCCAGUCCUAGUUUGUAGUUACUUUUGUUUUUUUUUUUUUCUUUUUCUGCCUUCUCUCCUCCCCAUUUGUUAUCCCAUAUUUUGUUAUCCUUUCCCCUCAACACACUUGCGCUGUGUAUUCUUACCCCUCUUGAGCACUAUAAGUUGAUCCAUAGCAAAGAUGAGCAUGUUGCUAACAGGAUGUCAUGACAAAUCUGUACUUAACCAAGAUCAGCAAAAAAAAAAAAAAAAAAAAAAGAAUCUGGCCAAACACUCAGACAACGAAAGAUAUAGCAUCAAUUUGAAGUCUUUUCUCUCUGUCAUGGUGCCCGUUAUUCAAACCCGAUCACUCCCUCCCCGAGCAGCCGAUGCCUUUGGAGCACUAGAGCUGUAACAAAGCUCGUCAUGUCUUCCUCUUUAAUUUCCCCCGUCAUGUCCGGGAGGGCGGACUGCGUGGUUGGUCCACUGUUUCCCCUCUCCUGCCACACACUACUCCUCCCCCCUCCUCCCUCUGCACUCCCUCCUGCCAAAUGUUAAGUUCCUCCCCUUUCCCCGUCCUGUUUGCUCAAAGCAGGCGACACUACAAACCUCACAGGAGACUCGUCUUCAUCAAACACUUCAACCAACCAGUCCCCUAACCCCUCUCCUUUCAGAUCCACUACUUUGUCCUUAAUACAUUUUUAUAAAAGGAGGGAAACUAAGAGUGUUUGGGGGUGCUCCGUUGACGAUCACAAGCCGGAUUUGCGAGUGUUGGUGUCGUCCAGAUGCUGAUAGCCUCUCCUCCCACCAUCACAACUCACUCCCCGACUACACGAAAACCCCCAUGGACAUUCCACAGUAACAAUGGCUCAGGCACUUAAUACUGUUUUUGUUUGCCAGCUCCUGUAAUAUAUUUUAUUUUAUUUUAUUUUUUUGAAAGGCUGCCAUUUUGGACAGUAGAUAUCCCAGCAUAUAACCAUCUGGAGCUUGUCCAGUUUUUUUUUUUUUUUUUUUUUUUUUUUUUUUAAAUAGGACCAAGUGUAGUCGCUCGGGUGUUUAUACAAUUGCUCUAAAUCAUGUGAAGGAUGACUGCUAACUUUUUUUUUCUGAUGAAGGAAACGCUAACCAGACAGUAAUACUUACCAUGGUUAAAAAAAAAAUAUGAAGCUACAGGGGAGGUAAGGGUGGGAGUAUUUGAAGAAAAUUCAUUGUUUUUUUUUUUUCUUUAUUGUUUAGAAAACAAACGACUGCAUUUGUACAAACCCAUGCUGUGUUGACAACUUCAAAACUGUGGAAUAAAUUGCCUUUUACUCUAUAGUCAGCUGAGCUCUGGGGUAUCACACGGUCUGUCCGCGCUCAGUACUGCUAACUGUAACGUCCAACUGAAAAAAAAAACACUUUCAAAAGUAGAAAUGACACUCAAUGGGAGAUGGGAUUGGUUGGAACAAAGACGCUUAUGGGUUGUCUUGUUGAAACUUAACUGCAGAACCUGUGUAUCCUGUGCCAUAAUAUAGAGAUCUGUUGCUGUUGUAAGAUGGAUUUUACCCACUGUCCACUAAAGAGUCAUUUCAUUGGCACUUUUUUCUUUUUUUAGCUUGGGCUCCACUGUUUAGGCCUUGUGGGAUAUGUGUACUCAUAAAAAAAAAACCUGUUUCAAGUCCUGUUUGCUGAUUUAUGUUCAUUUCCUUUUUCCUCAUCACUUUAUUUUUCUUACAUCUGGGAUACAGUCUCUUUAAUGCAUCUGAUUUCAUAUGCAUAAAAACCAAGAAAUGCCAUAAAUUGAUUUAUCACCUUGUUUACAGACAGAUCAAAUAAAUUUAUUCCAACCAGA